AUGUCUACCAGUCUAUGUAUCCAACAGUCUGUGUACGAGAUCACCAGUAUGUCUAAAUGUCUACCAGUCUAUGUAUCCAACAGUCUGUGUACGAGAUCACCAGUAUGUCUAAAUGUCUACCAGUCUAUGUAUCCAACAGUCUGUGUACGAGAUCACCAGUAUGUCUACAUGUCUACCAGUCUAUGUAUCCAACAGUCUGUGUACGAGUCCACCAGUAUGUCUAAAUGUCUACCAGUCUAUGUAUCCAACAGUCUGUGUACGAGUCCACCAGUAUGUCUAAAUGUCUACCAGUCUAUGUAUCCAACAGUCUGUGUACGAGUCCACCAGUAUGUCUACAUGUCCACCAGUCUAUGUAUCCACCAGUCUGUGUACGAGUCCACCAGUAUGUCUAAAUGUCUACCAGUCUAUGUAUCCAACAGUCUGUGUACGAGAUCACCAGUAUGUCUAAAUGUCUACCAGUCUAUGUAUCCAACAGUCUGUGUACGAGAUCACCAGUAUGUCUAA